AUGAAACCGUAAACUUUCGUAAGCGGAAAGCCUUAAUUGAGAACUAAAUCGAUAAUUCAGAAGUUAGAAUAGGAUAUCCGAAAUUUGGAGAAAAUAAAGCAAAGAAAUGCCAUACGAGUUGAAAGAUUGUUAUCAAUUAAUCUCAAGGACCUUGGAUAUGUGUGCAAUUAUAGUAUGACAAUUGAAAACAAGGUUGAAAGUCGACAAUGUUUUCGUAGCAGGAAAAAAGAGCUCCAACUUAAACUGGAUUCAAAUGAAGAUUACUUCAAGUUUCGAAAUGAAUCUACGCUGUCACCAAAUAAAAAUUAUUGGUAAAUAUAAUUAAAAAUAUCAAUAGGGCUAAACUUGCAUAUAGACAAAGUCAUUUGGGGAGUGAUAGAUAGCAUAGAGUCAUCUGA